GAGGCGGCACCGCCCCGAAUCCCGGGAAAAGCCCUUCCCGAUUUUCCUGCCUCCAUCCCGAGCUUUUCCAUGGCCCCGCUGCCGCCCCGAUGCCGGGAAUCUCCAGGAUGCGGGAAUCGGGAAGCGCGGCCGGGAUAAGGGCGGGAUCUCAUCCCUGCAUCCCAGGGUUGUUCCCGGAUUAUUCCCUGGGUUUUUCCCGGGAUUUGCGGAUCUCGCCCGUCCAUCCAUCCCGGCGGGAACGAGGCAUCUCGGGAAGGAGGAGCAGGGGAGGCAUCGCGACAUCUCUGGGGCAGAGCUGGGAAAGCUGGGAAAGCACCUGGAAAAGGAGCUGGGAAAGGAAGGAGCCGGGAAAGAACCGGGAAUCGACCGGGAAAAAAAACGGGAAUCGGCCGGGAAUCGGCCGGGGAAAAAAAAACGGGAAUCGGCCGGGAAACAACCGGGAAUCAUCCAGGAAUCCCGGCUGGGAAGGAACCAGGAAUCAGCCAGGAAUUAACCGGGAAUCGGCCGGGAAAGAACCGGGAAUCGGCCGGGAAUCCCGGCUAGGAAGGAACCGGGAAUCGGCCAGGGAUCAAACCGGGAAUCCCGACCGCGAGUCAUCCGGGAAUUAAGCGGGAAUCUGUCGGGUAGGAACCGGGAACUGGCCGGGAAUCGGCCGGGAAACAAACCGGGAAUCCCGGCCGGGAAUCAUCCGGGAGUUUGCCGGGAAUCAGCCGGGAAAGAACCGAUAAGGAACCGGGAAUCGGUCGGGAAGGAAACGAGAAUCGCGGUCGGGAAUCAGCCGGGAAACAACCAGGGAGGAACCGGGAAUCUCGGCCGGGAAUUAACCGGGAAUCGGCCGGGAAGGAUCCGGGAAUCGCAGCCUCCCCUCCUCGCCACCCCCAGUUCCCAAUCCCGGCGUUUUCCCGGCCUGGAGGCAGCUGGAAAAGCGGGAAGCAGGCCCGGCAGGAUGGCGAUGCCGCCAGUGACGCUGCGCUGAGCAUCCCAACAUUCCCAAAAACCAGAACCAGGAAUCCCAUCCCUCCAUCCAUCACCCACCAUUCCAGGAUGCCCCGCAACCGCGCCGAGUUCUCCGAGCAGGAAUUCUCGGCCGAAUAUUCCGCCGAUUAUUCCCUGAGCUUCCCCUCGGAUCCCGAGGGCGCCGGGAUCCGCCGGUCCCAGGAAGCUCCGGCUCGGCGCUGCCCGUGCCUCCCGCAUUCCCGGCGCUUCUCCUUCUCCCCGGAAUCCCUGGAAAAGCUCUACCAGACUUACUUCCGCCGCCAGCGCCACGAGACGCUGCUGGUGCUGGUGGUUUUCGCCGCCCUCUUCGACUGCUACAUCCUGGGAAUGUGCGCCGGCUUUUCCCGCAUGGAAAAACUUUUCCCCGCGCUGGCCGCGCUGGCCGGGCUGGUAGCCCACGGCUCGCUCUUCCUCAUCCUGAAAUCCCGCCUGCUGCCCGAGCGCUUUUCCCAAAAAUUCCUGCCGUGCCUGCUGUGGGCGCUGGUGGUGGCGCAGCUGUGGGGGCUGCUGGGGCUGGAAUUCCAGAGGAGUUUUCCAGAGGCGGUGGACACGGUGGGGUGGCAGGCGUUCUUCGCCUUCUCCUGCUUCCUGACGCUGCCGCUGCGCCUGGCGCGGAUCCUGCUGCUCACGGCCGCGUCCUGCGGCGGCCACGCGCUCCUGCUGGGAAUCGCCGCCGCGUCCCGCCGGGGAGCGGAGCCGGAGGCGGACGGAGCGGGGCUGGCCAGGCAGCUGCUGUCCAACGUGUGCGUGUACGCCUGCGCGCUGGCCGUGGGCGCCAUGUCCUACGUCAUGGCCGACCGCAAGCACCGCAAGGCGUUCCUGGAGGCGCGGCAGUCGCUCGAGGUCAAGCUCAACCUGGAGGAGCAGAGCCAGCAGCAGGAGCGGCUGAUGCUCUCCAUCCUGCCGAAGCACGUGGCGGACGAGAUGCUGAAGGACAUGAAGAAGGACCCGAGCCAGAAGGAGCUGCAGCAGUUCAACACCAUGUACAUGUACCGCCAUGAGAACGUCAGCAUCCUGUUCGCGGACAUCGUGGGCUUCACGCAGCUCUCCUCGUCCUGCAGCGCCCAGGAGCUCGUCAAGCUCCUCAACGAGCUCUUCGCCCGCUUCGACAAGCUGGCGGCCAAACACCACCAGCUGCGGAUCAAGAUCCUGGGGGAUUGCUACUACUGCAUCUGCGGGCUGCCGGAAUUCCGGGAGGACCACGCGGCCUGCUCCAUCCGGAUGGGGCUGGCCAUGGUGGAGGCCAUCGCCUCCGUCCGGGAGCAGACCCGCACGGCCGUGGACAUGCGCGUGGGCGUGCACAGCGGCGCCGUGCUGGGCGGCGUGCUGGGGCAGAAGCGCUGGCAGUUCGACGUCUGGUCCACCGACGUCACCGUGGCCAACAAGAUGGAGGCGGGCGGCAUCCCCGGGCGGGUGCACAUCUCGCAGAGCACCGUGGACUGCCUGAAGGGCGAGUUCGAGGUGGAGCCGGGCGAGGGCGGCUCGCGCUGCGACUACCUGAGGGACAAGGGCAUCGUCACCUACCUGGUGGUGGUCCCCAAGCAGCCGCUGCGGCACGGCGUCAACGGCGUGAAGCUGUCCCUCACCUCGUCCCACGGCGUGUCCCCCCCUCCGGCCCCGUCCCACAACGGGAGCCUCAGCCCGGAGCUCCCCGAGCCCUGCCCGGAGCUGGAGGACGACGACGGAGAGGCCCCCAACCCGUCCUUCCCCAACCCGCGGCGGCGGCUGCGGCUGCGGGACCUGGCGGAGCGGGUGGCGGGCGCGGCGCAGAACGAGCAGGAGCUGCACAAGCUGCUCAACGAGGCGCUGCUGGAGCGCGAGUCCAUCCAGGCGCUGAAGGGCAAGAGCACGUUCCGGCUGUCGCUGCGCUUCACCGACCCCGAGAUGGAGACGCGCUACUCGGUGGAGAAGGAGAAGCAGAGCGGCGCCGCCUUCAGCUGCUCCUGCGUGGUGCUGCUCUUCACGGCGCUGCUGCAGGCGGUCAUCGACCCCUGGCUGGUGACCAACUACGUGACGUUCGCGGUGGGCGAGGUGCUGCUGGUGCUGCUGACGCUCUGCUCGCUGGCUGCCGUGUUCCCCCGGGCCUUCCCCCGGCGCCUGGUGGCCUUCUCCACCUGGAUCGACCGCACGCGCUGGGCUCGCAACGGCUGGGCCAUGGCGGCCAUCGCCAUCGUCACCGCCGCCGGCGUCCUGGACAUGCUCGGCUGCCGCCGCGCCCGCUGGCCGGUGGCCAACGUGACCACGGGGCCGCCGCGGGGCUGCGCUGACCAGCCCAAGUACUACGGGUACAUCGCCCUGCUGGCCCUGGUGGCCACCGUGAUGCUGGUCCAGGUGAGCCACAUGGUCAAGCUGACCCUCAUGGUGCUCAUCACCGCGGCCACCGGCGCCCUCAACUUCUCCGCCUGGGAGCCCAUCCUGGACCAGUACGACCGGCGGCGCGGCCAGCACGGCUCGUCGGUGCUGGUGCCCUCCAAGUACUCGGUGACCGCCAUGAUCUUCGUGGUGAUGCUCAGCUUCUACUACUUCUCCCGGCACGUGGAGAAGCUGGCGCGGACGCUGUUCCUGUGGAAGAUCGACGUGCACGAGCAGAAGGAGCGCGUCUCCGAGAUGCGCCGCUGGAACGAGGCGCUGGUGGCCAACAUGCUGCCCGAGCACGUGGCCCGGCACUUCCUGGGCUCCAAGAAGCGCGACGAGGAGCUGUACAGCCAGUCGUACGAGGAGAUCGGGGUGAUGUUCGCCUCGCUGCCCAACUUUGCCGAUUUCUACACCGAGGAGAGCAUCAACAACGGCGGCAUCGAGUGCCUGCGCUUCCUCAACGAGAUCAUCUCCGACUUCGACGGCCUCCUGGACGAGCCCCAGUUCCGCUGCAUCACCAAGAUCAAGACCAUCGGCAGCACCUACAUGGCCGCCUCCGGGGUCACGCCCGACGCCGGCGCCAACGGGUUCGGAGCCGUGAAGGAGCCGCGGUCGGAGCGGGAGCGCUGGCAGCACCUGGCCGACCUGGCCGACUUCGCGCUGGCCAUGAAGGUGACGCUGAUGAACAUCAACUACCAGUCCUUCAACAACUUCAUGCUGCGCAUCGGGAUGAACAAGGGGGCCGUGCUGGCCGGGGUGAUCGGGGCGCGCAAACCCCACUACGACAUCUGGGGCAACACGGUGAACGUGGCCAGCAGGAUGGAAUCCACCGGAGUCAUGGGCAACAUCCAGGCCAGGGGAGGUAAAGGUGAAUUUGGUCAAUUCCCUCCUAAAAUCUCCAAUUUCUCCUCCUAG